UCAGUGUAGGUCUGUCCGACAAGUUGCCUGAAUGAAAACACAAGAGCGACGCCACUACCAGUGAAGCAGUGUUGUGGCGCUAAUAUCGACUGCAGCCUUCCUGUGCAGAUUCUCUUUACGGGUGUCAGUGUUGUUAUCUUCGAUCAGCGCUGUGUGUGCUGGACGUGACAGAGCAGCAUGGACGCACGGAAAGUGUCAGAGUUGAAGGGCUUCGUGCAGAUGUGCGGGACCAAUCCUGAGGUCCUGCACCUGCCUGAAAUGGGCUUCCUCCGGACCUGGAUGGAGAGCAUGGGUGCAACCAUCCCUCCCCCACCUAAGACCAGGGAUAGAUGCCAGGGGGGCUGUCCCUGUGGUCCUCCCCCGACAUCGGCUGCAGAACCUGAGCCCGAGCCUCCCUUACGGUCCGAGAGCGAGGAGAGUGAUCUAGAAAUCGACCAAGAGGGAGUGAUCGAACCAGACACAGAUGAACCACAGGAGAUGGGAGAGUUUGACAAUAUUGAGGUCACAGAGGAGAUGAUGGAUCAGGCCAAUGAGAAGAAGAUAGCGGCCAUUGAUGCUCUGGGUGAAGGGGAUCUGCAGAAAGCUCUGGAUCUUUUUACAGAAGCCAUCAAGCUGAACCCCUGUGUAGCCAUCAUGUACGCCAAGAGGGCGAGUGUCUUCAUCCAGAUGAAGAAACCCAACGCCGCCAUAAGAGACUGUGACAGAGCCAUCAGCAUCAACCCAGACUCUGCUCAGCCUUACAAAUGGAGGGGAAAAGCUCACAGGCUGCUGGGCCACUGGGAGGACGCAGCCAAGGAUCUGGCCACAGCCUGUAAACUGGAUUACGAUGAAGACGCCAGUGCGAUGCUGAAGGAGGUCCAGCCUAAGGCUAACAAAAUCAUGGAGCACAGACGCAAGUACGAGCGCAAGAAGGAAGAGAAGGAUAUCCAGGAGAGGCAAGAGCGGGUAAAGAAAGCAAGGGAGGAGCACGCGCGUGUUCAGAGGGAGGAGGAAGCCAGGCAAUCCGGUGGAGGAUUUUUCCCAGGUCCUGCUGGAUUCCCAGGUGGAGCCCCUCCUGGCAUGCCUGGUCUGGGUGAUCUCCUGAAGGAUCCUGAGCUGCUCAACGCCAUGAAGGACCCUGAGGUGAUGACCGCCUUCCAGGAUGUGGCACAGAACCCGGCCAACAUCUCCAAAUACCAGAACAACCCCAAAAUCAUGGCCCUCGUCACCAAGCUGAGUUCCAAAUUUGGAGCCCCUCCGCAGCCGUAGACGAGACAGGGAAACCAAAUUGGAUAGGAGGAAGGGGGGGAAAGGACUUGUGGUGAAACAAUCUGGAGAAGCCACAACACUUGUCAACAAUUAUUCCACUGUGUGCAGAUCAGACAGGGCAGCUGGGUGACAGGUUAGUUGAUGUGAUGUAGAGAAACUGGGGCAACUUUUAAAAUGUUCUUAAUCAGCCUGUCGGCACUUAAUAAUGUCUCAACAAAGCAACCAGGUGGUUAGGAGUCAGGUCUGAUAUUUAGACGACCCCCGUCUGACUCGUCUCAAAUGGGACUUUACUUAACCACAGGUUGACAUUUCUUAACCUGUAUCUGGAAACGCUAAACUGGGAACUCCCGCAUUAAGACGCUAGCUAGCAAACAUUUUUACAGCCAUUUGAUAAGUGGGAACGGUUUAGCGACCUGUCUUUUCUUUCUCCGAACAGAGCCAAACUCACAAAAAAACCCACCAACGUCUGCACUUUUUGUUUUCAGAUGUUAUUAUAAAUGCAAAAAAAAAAAGUGUUACUCAUUGUGAUGUCUGACCCUGUUGGAAAUAUGAUUCACAAUAAUAAAACCUCUGUUGCUGUAAAGCA